GUUUAUAGUUCUUAUAAAUUUUAUUGUUAUUAUAGCUUAUUAACAUAGAUAAAAUGUUUGCAGCCUUAAAAGCAGGAGCUGCUAUUUCAAAACUGCCACAAUCAGUAGAGAAGCCUGUAUAUGAAAAAAACGAAAUUAAUAAUAACACAGGAAAUAGAAGAGGACCACAAGUUAAAGUGUUUAAUAUUCCAGAAGGAUCUGAUUCAAGUGAUUUGAAAGCUUUUUUUUCAUCUGCUGGAGACGUAAGAAAUGUAAAAAUUUUACCGGUUCGUGAUGGAAAGACAACAACUCUUGGCUUUGUUGAGUUUGCUUCAGAAAGUGAAUGCCAAAAUGCUAUUCAACAGAAAAAUGAACAAGACUUCAAUGGAAGCACACUUCGUGUUGUAUCAAAUAAUGAAACAACACCAAAAAGUGAUUUCAGUCAGUCUAGCGGUGGCUUUAAAGGUGGCAAUCGAUUUCAAGUAAAAGUUUACAAUAUUCCAAAUGGAACCGAUAGUAAUGAUAUUCAAAAUUUGUUUGGUGGUGCUGGUACUGUAAAAGAAGUAAAAAUCUUACCAUGUCAAGAAGGCAAAAAUGUAACUCUUGGGUUUGUACAUUUUGAAAGCGCUGAAGAUGUUAGCAAUGCAGUUUCUAUGUUUAACAAUAUUGAGUUUAAUGGCUCAAAACUACGUGUUUUAGAUGCUGAUAAUAACUCCAGCUGCUCAACACCAUUUUCAAAUGGCUUUAAAAGUAACCAAAAUGAAUCACCCAGUAAACCAAUGGGAAGAGGUGCACAACUUAUUUCACAAAUAAAAUCUCAAAGAGCUCAAGCAAAGGUUUUUGGCAUUCCAAGUGGAACCUCUGAGGAUGACAUCAUGGAGUAUUUUUCAUCAGCUGGAUUAGUGAAGAAUGUAAAGCUGUUGCCAAUAAGAGAGGGUAAAGACACACAUCUUUGCUUUAUUGAGUAUGAGAGCAAUAGUGAAGUUGAGCAAGCAGUGCAGACACUAAAUGGAACAGAAUUUAAUGGUUCACAGCUUAAAGUAAUGAAUGGAGAAAAUCAAAUAAACACAGGUAAUAAUAUGCAGAAUGGAAAAGAGAGUUCAUGGGGAAGUAAAGGCUCUGCACCAAUUAAUAGAAUCCCAAAAGAAGACAGAGCAUUCUCUGACCAAUUUGGUGAAAUGGUAAUUGGAGAAUUUAAAUCAGAUGCAUGCAGACGGUGUGGUGAAGUUGGUCAUUAUGCCAAGGAAUGUCUUAAUGCAGCAGGUCCAAAUGGAUCAGCUCAAGCUGUCACUUAUAUUCCACCACCACCACCAGAAACUGAAAAUGAAAUUUUUGAAAUUGGUUCAAAUCAAGGCAUUAACUUUGAAAAAUACAAACAUAUUCCCAUUGAACUGAGCGGUACCAAUCGCCCUAAACCUAUACAAAGCUUUUCUGAAGCAAAUUUGCAUCCAGUCUGUCUGAAAAACCUUGAUCUAGCUAAAUACAAAGAACCAACUCCUAUUCAGAAAUAUGCUAUACCUGCUAUUCUUGCAAAAAGAGAUGUAAUGGCAUGUGCCCAAACUGGAUCAGGAAAAACCGCUUCUUUUUUGUUGCCUAUUAUAACAAAUCUUAUGAAUGAAGGUCUUGAUAAUAUUGACAGUAAUAUUGAUGGAGUUGCACUUCCAUUAGCUGCAAUUUUAGCUCCAACGCGUGAACUUGUAGUUCAAUUGUUUACUGAAGCAAGAAAGUUUUCUUAUAACAGUUCACUGAAGCCUGUUGUUUUAUAUGGUGGGGUGGCUGUUGCUCAUCAAGCUGAUCGCUUACGAAUGGGUUGUCAUCUUCUUGUUGCAACACCUGGUCGACUUGAAGAUUUUAUAAAAAGAGGAAAGGUGAAUUUUCAAAAUCUGAAAUACCUGAUCCUUGAUGAAGCAGACAAGAUGAUUGAUAUGGGUUUUGGGCCACAAAUUGAACAUAUUAUUGAAUUCUCUGGAAUGCCUCCAAAAGGAAUCCGCAAUACACUUAUGUUCAGUGCAACUUUUCCGGAUCAAAUUCAGCAUCUUGCUGCCCAAUUUUUGAAUGAUUAUUUAUUUUUAACUGUCGGGCGUGUUGGUGGAACAUGCACAGAUGUUACUCAAUCAGUAAUUCAAGUUUCUGGAACAAAAAAAAGAGAAACAUUGGAGAAUCUUUUGCAAACUUCAGGAAGCGAUCGAACACUUGUGUUUGUAGAGAAGAAAAGGGAUGCAGACUUUUUAGCAAACUUUCUUUCACAAAAGAACUUCCCAGCCACUAGUUUAAAUGCAGAUCGUACACAAGAAGAGCGUGAAUCUGCUCUCAAAGAUUUCAGAAAUGGAAUUGCACCGAUUCUUGUGGCUACUGCUGUAGCAGCAAGAGGUUUGGAUAUUAACGAUGUGAAACAUGUUAUCAAUUAUGAUUUGCCGAAAGACGCCAACGAAUAUGUUCAUAGAAUUGGGCGAACCGGUCGAAUUGGAAAUAAAGGAAAAGCAACAUCUUUUUUUGAUCUUGAUCGAGACGGAAGUUUAGCACGAAGCCUUGUCAAACUAUUAUCAGAUGCCGAGCAAGAUGUACCCGAUUGGCUGGAAAAUUGUGCAUUAGGUGCGGUUGGAACUGGGUAUGGACCUGAUAACAGCCAAUUUCGUGAUCAACGCAUAAAAACUGGGCAAAACGGAAAUUCAAAUAAAAAAUUUCCAAAUGCAACUGCUGCAACUAAACCCACUUCUGUGUUAAAUGACGAUGAAGAGGAGUGGUAACUUUAAAAAAUUAUAACGACGAAGAAGUAGAUAUCAUAUAUAUUACUUGAACCUUUAAGAUCUUAACAAAACUUUCUGAGCUUCACAUUUUGUAAAAGUUUCCCUAAAUUGAAAGACUUUGUUUUGAAAAUGAGGGAUUGUCAUAUAGUUGUGGAGUUCGUUUAAACGACGUCAAAAAGCGACAUUAUUUUUUAACUCCUUUAUAUAUUUGUAUAUACAAAAGAUCAGUACUAUGUUUAGAUUUGAAUAUAAUACCGUUUUUUUCUUCCAGUUUAUAAAAAAGUGUAAAUAAGGUUUUCUUAUAUUAUGAGGGUUGUACGAAAAAUUGUGUUUAUAUUUGUGGGCAUAUUUUUGUACACAUUUUAUACUAAAAGUUUGUUUAAUUUUA